AACGAAACAAUUCAUGUCCACCUCACUGCACCACGCACAGCAAUGGAGUCGCAGCCGCACAACCCGGGGGGCGGCGCCGCCUCCCCAUCCCAGCUGGCGCAGAAGCUCCGCCGCAACCUGACGUCGUUCCGGUCGAAAUGGAGCGAGCUCAACGGCGCCAUGGGCGACCUCGGCACCUACAUUCCCAUCAUCCUCGCCCUAACCCUCGCCAAAAACCUAGACCUCGGCACCACCCUCAUCUUCACCGGCCUCUUCAACUCCCUCACCGGCGCCCUCUACGGAGUCCCCAUGCCCGUCCAACCGAUGAAGUCCAUCGCCGCCGCCGCCAUCUCCUCCCCCGACUUCGGCGUCCCUGAGAUCAUGGCCGCCGGCAUCUGCACCUCCGCCGCCCUCCUCCUCCUCGGCGCCACUGGCCUCAUGCACCUCGCCUACAACCUCAUCCCGAUCGCCGUCGUCCGCGGCAUCCAGCUCGCGCAGGGCCUCUCCUUCGCCAUCACCGCCGUCAAAUACAUCAAAACCGAGCAGAAUUUCGCCAAAUCCAAAUCCGCCGCCGCCGGCGACCGCCCCUGGCUAGGGCUCGACGGAUUAAUCCUCGCCCUGACCUCCGCCUGCUUCAUCCUCCUCGUCAACGGCUCCGGCGACGACGACAGAUCGGAAAUCGAAAUCGAGAUCCACGAAAUCUCAACAUUUAAUAGAAGGAAACGAAAGCUAUUGAAAUUCAUCAAAUCGAUUCCAUCCGCGUUCAUCAUUUUCAUCCUAGGGCUAAUCCUCGCCGUCGCGAGAGGACCUCAAGCAGUCAAUCACUUCAAAUUAGGGCCAUCGAAGAUCAAAUUGGUGAAAAUCUCGAAGCGUGCAUGGAAGGAAGGAUUCAUCAAGGGCACAAUCCCGCAGCUGCCGCUGUCAAUCCUAAAUUCCGUCAUCGCCGUCUGCAAGCUCUCCACCGAUCUCUUCCCGGAGAAGAAGGAGGUAUCGGCGACGUCUGUGUCGGUCACGGUGGGGCUGAUGAACCUGACCGGGAGCUGGUUCGGGGCAAUGCCGUGCUGCCACGGGGCGGGGGGGCUGGCCGGGCAGUACAAAUUCGGGGGCCGGUCAGGGGGCUGCGUGGCGCUGCUGGGGGCGGCGAAGCUGGGGCUGGGGGUGGCUCUGGGGGGCUCGAUGGUGAAGGUGUUGGAGCAGUUUCCGGUUGGGGUGUUGGGAGUUCUGCUGUUGUUUGCUGGGAUUGAGCUCGCCAUUUGUGCUAGGGAUAUGAGCACCAAGAGCGAGGCCUUGGUGAUGCUCGUCUGCGCCGCCGUCUCCUUGGUUGGCUCCAGCGCCGCGCUGGGGUUCUUGUGUGGGAUGGUGGUGCAUUUGCUGCUCAGGGUGAGGACGGCCGGGGAGGCGAAAUCGUGGUCGGAGUUUUGGUUUGACCGCAACGUUUAAGGGGGCGUUUACUGUUCAUGAUUGAUAGCUAACCCACAUCGAUAAAAAAGAACUAUAUUCCGUCUCAUUUGACUUAGCUAAAUAUUCUCUUUUGGAUUGUCACACUUGAAAAUAUGGAACCAUACACUUUACUA